GGACGCUUUCUGUCCCGGAACUAACCAAAAAUAACAGGUAUCAUAAACACUGACAGAGUAACGGGGUACUUAGUUGAUCGCUGUCAAUAACAAUAAUUGUUCUUUCUGCAACAGAGUUAACACGACACGGAUAUUUGGAAAAAAACGCUCCGUGCAUUGUCCUGUUCAGCGACAGCGACAGAUAAGCUAUCAGUUACAGCAAUGAAAUGAUAUUACAUGGUGGUAUAUUGGAUGUCUCGCUUUUUGUUAUAGCCUCAUAUAUUUUGUCGUGGGCAAAUAUCAGCUUGAAGUGACGGCGAAGAAUGUUUGUCUCAUGCCCGAAUUGGAUUAACACGGAAUGGAUUAACAGGAGCCUGUAAACGAGCAUCAUGGAAUGGCCUGGAGAUUUUCCUGACGAUCAUGCCUCUGUGGAGCUACUGAUUCCAGGGUUUUCCAGUGAUCUGGACUUUGAGCAGUUUCUCAAAGACACAGAGGAAAAACUCAAUCUUAAUGCCUGCAGCAUUGAGCAGCAGCUCAAGGAGCUCCAGGCCAAAAUGGGAGACUCUAGAGCCGGGGAUCGUCCACCGAGUCCUACGGAGUGCUUACAAUGGUUCAACAUCAGAGCACAAAACACCGCUAAGCCUGUUACCACAGGAUAUCAAGAGCUUAUAGACUUCCUCAGAGCCCUGCAACAGUAUCUGAGAUCGGAAGAAGAAGGAAAAGAACUGGUGACACUUCAGCUGCUGUUGAAUCUGUCAUCCCAAUGUGGCGUCUGCUUUCCUUGUACGCCAUCUUCUUCAACCUCAUCUUCCUCCAUUCAUCCUCAAAUGACUGGCUCCUCAGUUCAGGAGGUACAUGCAGUCAGAGAUGACACUUCAUUAGAGCUCCAGGAAGCCUGGGAUGCUGUGCGUCUCCCGCUGCGUCGCUACCUGAUGGAUCAGUUGUCAUGUCGUAGCGCAGAACAUCCUGUAUCCAUAGAAAUUUCCACCUUGAGCAUUCUUGAACAGGUCCACUACCUUCAGCAGUUAUUCUUUCUUUACCCCGAUUGUGAGGUGCUCACACAUUACCAGGGCCUAAAACGCCAGCAUGUGGAGAGUAUUCUGCACACAAGCCUGAGCUCCAGCCCAGGCGGGGAGACUGGCUUUGACAGACUGGCACUGAGUUUCUGCAACGCAGUCCCAUAUCUGACUCGAGCCCUGACAGAGGAUCUCCAGAUUCUUUCAAGACUCACAGAGCCUCACAGAAUCCUCGGUUUUGUCAAUGUGGCCUACCUCAGCACCGUGGCCCAAGAGCUGACCUCCCAGAUGGAGAAAGAAUGUGAGACAGCCCAGAGGGACAACACUGCAUCGAGCAGCAAGACAAAAAGAUACUCAGCUCGGUCCCGAGCAACUGUGGCUCCAAUGGAUAUUUCCAUGAAAAGUAGGAGCUUCAGUUUGACCUCCCACCAGCUGAAAGCGUUAACUCAGUUGUCCUGCACCCUGCUUGGGUUUGAGAGCAAUGUGAGAGAAAUUGUCGCAAAUAUGACCUUCAUUAACUGUACAGGAGACACUCCCAAUGUAAAAGGUAUCUUGAAAAAGAGAGAGGAUUCAAGCAUGACAACAGAUGGCAAAAAACCCACUACAGAAAGAUUUCACACAUUAGAGGCACAAACUCUGGAAUUUGACUGGAGGUCAGCAUUUGCAGGACUUGCCCCUCACAUGGAGCAUUGUGUCAAAGUGGUACUGGAUGAUGUCUGUGCCAAGAACCUACUACAAGAAGAGGCCUUACAUUCUUCUGGACACACCUCUGUCACCCUUAUCCCUGUCACUGGCCUCUCCGUCACCACCAAACGUCUUAAAGAAGAUUCCUUCUACAGCUACUCAGAUAGACACACUCCCAAAAUGCUAGUCAAGUUCUGUGGAGUGAUACUGGCUGAGUUUGAUGCCUUACUGCCACUGGCAGCAGCCUGCAGGGACAGUUCUCUCAUGGGAGUGCGAUCGAGCUUUGUGGAGGCAUGUGGCAGGGCAGCAUUUGCCAUGUUGUAUCGUUUACAGGAGAGGGCCUUGGAGAUACCCUCCUUUGCACCCCUGAAGAACUUGCCUGCUCUGUUGGCAACUUGCAUUUACGUGCAGCAUCGACUGGAGCACUACAGUGCCAGGCUGAAAGACUCAAAUACUUCAGCUAAAAUACCUCUGACUCUAUUACCCAUUCAGAAGUACCAAGACACAGUGGAAGCUUUGAGAAACCAACUGACCAGUUACUGUAUCCAGGUUUGUCUCACCUGCAUUCUUCAGGAUGCAGAGAGUCACAACUGGUCUGACCCUAAGCCACUCUAUGAGGGCGAGCGUUGUUCCUUCUCACUGCAGAUGUGGUUUUACUUCCUGUGUGGGCUUCGCAGCGAUCUGUGGGCAGUUCUUCCAGCAGAGUUUGCUAAGGAUGUGCUUGGACAGGUACUGUCGGAGACAUUACAGCUGUUGGUGCAAAGAUAUGCCAGGGCUCGUGCUUCAUACAAGAGACACCUGCAAAUCAGAUGUGACAUCACAGCAGUGUUGCUGUAUGUGGAGCACCUUAUGUGGAGUGUGUGUGAGAGUCCCGAGGCUUUGGUGCUGUUCGACCCUUCUGCAGAAAUAACCAUCAUAGCAGGUGGUUCUAACUGGCCAUAUCAAAUACACAGCCUGUGUGACCAACUCCUGACGGUCCUCAUCAUUGUCACAGCACCUUUAUCUUUGCUAUAUAGGACAUUCAUGACUGGCAUUUCAAAGGAGUCCACAACGCAACCCAACAGCCCGGUUGUACAUUGGCUAAAUGUUAUUAACCCUGACCUCUUCACAGCGCAGACCAUGCGAGAUGGCCUUAUGGAUGAGGCAGCCUUGGCAUGUCAACUGAGGCUUCUGACCUCUGACCCAGGAUGCAGUCCCAAGUUGCUUUUACGGCUGCUUCUUUACAGAGACUGUCACCUGCCUAGAAUACUCCUGGAAAAUUCUUAUUUUUGCCAGGAGAGUAGCUUAGAAAUGUCUCCAAAGAACUCCAAGGCAGGAGAUGACUUCAUACUUGCUUUGUUCAGCCUUCUCUCCUGCUUGAAUAAUGUUCCCAAGGCCUUGACUCAGGCCUUCCAGCCCUACCUGGAGAGGGCACAUAUAUGGGAGCAUCUAUACACGCUGGCAGACACGACGCAAGUGGUACCUGUGGUGAUCAGCUGCAUUCGGACGUUUCUAACAAAGUCAAACAGCAGAAUUUUGGCACACCUUGUGUCCAUGGUUCUGAGUUGGCAGGCCACUGAAGAGUCCAAAGGAUCUAUGUCCAAGCGGAGUGCACCAGAGAGUAUAUUAGCCAAGAUACCUAAGGACUGGAACUACACUACUUUUGAUGGCAGAGGAAAAGACUCCAAUACCACGACGGUCAUAUCUUUAGCAAUUCAAGCAUUGUCCUUCAUUUUCACCAACCUGCCUCUGGCUGUGGCAUCGUUGCCUCUCCCCAUCCGCUUCCUCUUUCAAGUGGCAGAAAAGCACCUCUCCCAGCACUCCCGCCAGCUGCGCUCAGUGGGCUUGUUGCUCUGGGCUCUACUGGGAUGCUUGAUUCAGGGCCUGGAGGACCCAAACGCUCUAGAACAGAUCAGUGGUCUGGUUCUAGACCGUGGGGCAAAGGACCGUCUGUCCCUGCUGGCUGAGUGCCUUCAGGCUUUCAUGAGCAUUCAGCAAAAAGGCGUUCCCAAACUCACGGUGCACAAAGUACUUCAGGCUCUGGAGGAAAAAAGACCUAAGUGGAUAAACAUGCAGCUGCAGAAGGCCCGCAAACUCUGUGCAGACAGUGUUUUUGAGCAGGGAGCUGAGAGAAGAGUUGCUGCGACUGAACUGACUGAGCAGAAAAUAGGCCUGAUGCUGCUGGAGGUCUGCCACAAAGCAGGUGGCAGCAACUACCUGAGGCAGAUCUAUCACAUCAUUCAAGGCAAUGAGGAACUGUUGAUGUCUAAGCUGAACGGAGGCACAGACCUUCCAAAGGAACUUCCUAUCUUGGUGAACUUUGAUGUUGGUUCAGGGAGUCCAUCUGAACCUGCCUCUUUCAACCCUCUUCUUCAGUUUGACCACAUUGGCAAGAGGAAGUUGGAUCAGAGCACCGUGGUUGAUUGGGCAUGGGACUGGUCAAGGCUGCUGCCAGCUUAUGAGGGUAUGAGUCAGAUCACCUUCAAAAGUCUGCUGGCCAACAGAUCCACAUGUGACACAAAACUUUCUCCCAAGCUGGAGAACACCAUUCACAGUCCAUAA